UGAAUAUCACAUGUCAGACAAGAAAAGAUACGUAGACAACAUGACCACGCAAUCCAAGUCUCCGAUUGCACCUUCCCUCCUCACAGCACUUCCCUUCCUCUUCUCCUCACUAUCUUGACCUGCUCCUCAAACUCCGCACACGAACAACCACACAUCCUCACAAUGAUCAAACUCAUCGCCUUCGACCUCGACGGCACCCUAGCCGAAAGCAAACAACCCAUCCAAGCCCCCAUGGCCACAGCCCUAACAUCCCUCUUAACCGUCGCCAACGUUGCCAUAAUCUCCGGCGGCGACUGGCCCCAAUUUCAAAAACAAGUCGCCAGCCGUCUUCCCCCAACCGCAGACCUCUCAAAACUCUGGCUCAUGCCAACAACAGGCACGAAACUCUACACUUUUACAAAUGGAAGCUGGAAUACCGUAUACGCCGAACUCUUCUCUGAAGAUGAGAGAAAGAAUAUCAUCGAGGCUUUUGAGCAAGCUUUGGAGGCGACGGGUUUUACACCUGAGCAGACUUGGGGCGAGAGAAUUGAGGACCGGGGGAGUCAGAUUACGUUUUCUGCAUUGGGGCAGCAGGCUCCGGUCAAGGACAAGGAGCUUUGGGAUCCUGAUUUUGCUAAGCGGCAAGUCAUUCAGGCGGAUUUGCGUACAAGACUUCCUGAACUGUCUAUUAACAUGGGUGGAGCGACUUCCAUCGAUAUCACAAGAAAAGGCGUGGAUAAAGGAUAUGGGUUGAAGAAAUUGAGGAAUGUGAGUGGCUUCUCAUUGGAUGAGAUGAUGUUUAUCGGUGAUGCAAUUUUUCCCGGUGGUAACGAUUAUCCUGCAAAGGAGAUUGGACUCGAGACUGUGAGGGUGAAGGACCCAGAAGGUACACUGGCUGCUAUUUCAGCCAUCGUGGCUUGUCUCAAGCCUGCUUCGAAACCUGUGCUGCUUGACGGCUAAGUGAGAGAAUAUCAUGGUCGUUAGAUCCUAGCGUUACUCAUACUAAUACCUACGAUAAAUCCUCCAAGACUAUGAAUGUCAUCUUUUGCCCCGCCCUUCUUCCUCAUUCAAGGCGACUCUUUCCCACUUCUUGAUCAAGUCUUCCAUCAUAACACUCUCGCCGACUUUGGCAUCUUUAGCAAUGGCAUAGUUUGGCCAGCAAGAGCUCAACAUCUCCGUAUCACUUUUCUUCCACGCGGUAUCUGCAACAGCUUCCAGCAUCGUCUCAAUCGCUUUGGGUAGCUGUAUACCAGUGUUUUGUGCUGUGAGAUGUAACAUCCUUGCCAUUCCUCUAGCCCAAAGAAAUUGCAUCCCAG